AUGCGUUCGGGAAUGAUCUCGCGAAUAGAUUCGCGACCGCGCGGGAUAUCGCUGAACUCGGCGCGUUCCGUGGUGGACCACCUGGAAGCGCGCGACGUGGAGAUUAAGACGUACUAUGUAGACCCGUUCUCAAGAGUAUUCGCCAUUCCGACCACCCAGAUGUAUUCCAACACGCCCGCCGAUUUCGACUUCAAGCUCCGCAGCAUGGCGCCACCCUUCCCCUCCCUGCCUGCUUUCGCGGCACAUCUGUCAGAAGCAGUUGACAUUGUGUUUCCAGUCAUCCAUGGGAAAUUUGGCGAGGAUGGGGGCAUACAGGCACUGCUGGAGCAACACGGCAUUCCCUUUGUCGGCACUUCCUCUGCUGCUGCACGCAAUGCAUUUGACAAGUAUGCGUGUGCACAGCACAUGAAGCGUUGCGGCUUUCCCACCCUCCCCUCCUUUCUCAUCCAGGCUGGGGUAGACGGCAACGAUGGUGACGUGGCGCUUGCUGAUUGGUUCACCUCCAACGGACUCUCACCAGCCACCGGCUCUGUUGUGGUGAAGCCAGCUCGAGCCGGGUCGAGUGUCGGUGUUUCUGUGUGUUCCGGUGCGAAGGAAGCUUCCCAGAAGGCUCGCGAGCUGAUAUCCGAGGGUGUGGACGAUCGAGUGGUGGUGGAGGUGUUUGCAGCAGGAGGCAAGGAGUUUACCGCCAUUGUGCUGGAGUCAUCAGUAGCAGAAGCAGCUGGGAACGGGACCCGUGGUGCAGUGUGCCUCAUUCCCACGCAGGUGGAGUUGACAGGCUUUGCUGCUUCUCCUGCCACCACAUCAGCAGCAGCAGCAGCAGCAACUGAAGGCGCUGAUUCUGACAGUGAUAGCAGUGGGGAUAUCUUCGACUAUAGACGGAAAUACCUUCCCACUCAGCAGGUUCUCUACUCCACGCCGCCCCGCUUCCCCCCAUCCAUCCUCUCCUCCCUCCGCGCCUUAGCCACUCGCCUCUUUUCCUCACUCUCCCUCCGAGACUGCGCCCGCCUCGACGGAUGGUUCCUCCCUCCUUCCUCCCCGGCUUACGCCCGCGUGCUGGCGGGGCUAAGAGCUAGCACCGACAAUUCACGAGGUGGAAACAAGGAGGAUAACGAGGCAGCUAAUAACGAGGACAACCAACAGGGGGAGGAGUGGGAGGAGGAGUAUAAGGAGGGGAUUGUGGUGUUCUCGGAUGUCAAUAUUGUUAGCGGCAUGGAGCAGACGUCUUUCCUCUUCCAGCAGGCUGCUUUGGUGGGCCUAUCUCACUCCCUCAUCCUUCGCUGGAUCCUCGCAUCAGCCUGCUCCAGAUACGGCCUUCCCCUCCCUCUCCACCCCCCUCCGGCUGCUCCUGGCGUCGAGAGAGUGCGAGAGGAGGGAGGUGGAGGCGAGGCAGGUGAAACGGCAGGGAGGCGGCAGCUGGUGUGGGUGUUAUUUGGGGGCAGCACAGCAGAGCGCCAGGUGUCCCUGAUUAGUGGAACUAACGUGUGGCUCAAGCUCAGGGCGUGCCCGCAGUUUGACGUGCAACCGUUCCUCCUGUCUCCGUCUCACGACAGCAGCAGCAACACUGCUGGAAGCACCAAGAACAACAGCUCGGGCAACGGCUCGAGCCCUGGGUCUCUCUCGUUGAGUGAGCGAGCGGCGUGGGCGGCAGAAGUCGACACAGUCUGGUCCCUCCCGUACCCCGCAAUCCUGCGACACACUGUAGAGGAAGUCGAGGCAGCUUGUAUCGAAGCAUCAAGAGAAGCAGCUAGGCUAAAAGAAGCAGAGGCGGAAGCUGCAGAAGCAGAAACAGGCAGCAGCAGUAGUGCUUCCGCCUCCUCCUCUAUCCCACACUCUCUCCUGUCCUCUCUCCAGCAAUGCAUCGAACAAGAACUCAUGGGGAGUGAGACUCAUCCAGUAGAACCAAGGGCUCGUGGGAAGCAAGGACUCAUGGGAGUGCACGCCGCUGGUCCUGGUGGUGCUGGUGGUCGUUUUGGGGAUGUCGAUGUGCGUGUGGCCCCGAGACAGAUGUUGCUCCGUGAUUGGGUGGCUGCUGCGAAAGCACAAGGCGCAGUUGUCUUCAUUGCAGUUCACGGAGGUAUAGGUGAAGACGGCACGUUACAGCACCUGCUGGAGCGCGAGGGAGUGCCCUUUACUGGUUCUGGGUCUGAAGCGUCUCAGCUGUGUAUGGACAAGGUCGCGACAGGACAGGCCAUUGCUCAUCUGACCUCGGAUGGUGUAUUCUCAGCUCGAAAGCUGCUCCUUUCCCUUGACCAGUUUCUGCCCUGUGCUGCUGCUGCUGCUGGUGGUGGCGCUGGUGCUGCUGAUGCCACGUGGCAGCGUCUGAUUGGCGAGCUCCAGGCUGACUCGUUCUGUGUGAAGCCGGCCACAGACGGAUGCUCUGCUGGCGUCGCCCGACUCGCCAACCCAUCUGACCUGGCAGCGUACGUCACAGCAGUCAGGGAUGCGGCUCCCCGCCUGCUGCCAGGCCAGCUGUCCACACUUUGUGGGAUAGUGGAGAUGCCUGUUCGCCCCCCAACCCAUCUUCUCUUCGAGCCCUUUAUCAAAACAGACCCUAUCCGACCGCUGCCAACCGCACAGCAGCAGCAGCAGCAGCAGCAGGAGGAGGAAGAGGAGGGCACAUGUGACAAUAACGAGGGGUUGGUGUGGGAGGGGAAGCGGCGGUGGGUGGAGGUGACUGUAGGGGUGGUGGGGCAUCGGGGCAGGAUGAGGGCUCUGGCUCCGAGUGUGACUGUAAAGGAGGCUGGAGACGUGCUUACACUGGAGGAGAAGUUUCAAGGUGGCACGGGCAUCAAUCUCACUCCUCCCCCAACGUCCAUCAUCAGUGCAAGUGCGCAGGAGGCGGGGCGGAGGCGCAUUGAGAUGGUGGCCAAUGCUCUCAACAUCGACGGCUUCGCCCGGAUCGAUGCCUUCAUGCAUGCAGACACCGGCGAGAUUAGACCAGUCAGUCAAAAGCUGGCAUUCAACCUCUUCAAAUCAGCAUUCAGUGCACUUUUGAACCCUGGGGGAACAGCGUCCUGCCCCUUUUGCAUUCUCGAGCGCCGUAUCGCCCGCUCGUUGACUCUAGAGGCCGCCCGGGACACGCCUAGGGUUGUAGUGAACCGCUUAAAGCUCAUUGCCAAGAGCUUCAGUCACGGGCGGCAAGAGGACGCCCAUGAGCUGCUUCGAUACGCGAUAGAAGCAUGUAACAGAGCGUGUGUAGCCCUGCACAAAAUGGUAGCUGCUGCAGCCGCAGCUGCUGCUGCUUCUGCGGCUGGGAAUACUGUUAGUGGGCCGAACGGCAGUCCGGAUGUGACUAAAUCGGGGCCCUUGAGUCCACUGAACCAGCUGGUGGAAGGGAUGUCUCUAAACGAGGGGGCCAGCGUUCAGAAGAUGCACACGAGGCGCAGCUCUAGAUUAUCCCUAGACCGAGCAAACAACGGUAGGGAAUCAGCAGAGGGAGGUCCGUUCUCCCAGCAGUUUGCCCCAGACCAGCAGCAGUCCAUGCAGUUGGGCCAAUUCACAGGCAGUGAGGGAUCUCUAGUGCCUCAGUUAGGGGACCCUGUGGAGAACACAGAUAUGGACGUAGACGUGGACGUAAACGUAGACGUGGACGUAGCAAAAGUGCCUGAACCGUCUGCUGCUUCCGCACCAGCGCCUGCCACAGGAUCAUCCUCAGCAGCGGCUGUAGCGGAUGAGGCGGAUGUAGCAGCGGGGGGUAGCAGCAGCAGCGGGGGUGGGAGUUGUGACGGGGAGUCUAAUAAGAGGGAUGCGAUUCUGGACUUGAGUUUGGACGUGCACAGGCUAGGGUCGCUAAAAGACGCACUUAAUAGGUUCACCAAGCCGGAGGUGCUGGAUGGGGAGAAUAGAUACCGGUGUGAUAAAUGCAACCGGCUGUCUGCUGCGCGGAAGGCGCUGACGAUCUUUCAUGCGCCCAACAUUCUUGUCAUUCAGUUCAAGAGGUUUGAGAACGUGUUUGGAGGGAAGAUUGACCGGCACAUUCGAUUCGAGGAGCGCGUCUCGUUGAAAGGCCACAUGAGCGGCUGUAGCAAGUUAGAGUACACUCUAUUUGACGAAUACAUCUGCUCGUUGCUCACAUGCUGCCUUUUCUACCCACCCCGCCACCCCGCUCCCUGCUAUCAUCCCUCUCAGGAUACCCAGCCAGAGUACACGCUCUUUGGAGUGGUGGUGCAUGCAGGGUCGUCUCAAGACUCGGGCCAUUACUAUGCAUAUGUCAAGGACUCCACGGGCAAGUGGUCCUGCUGUGACGACUGCUCCGUCUCCCCAGUGGCCUCCCUAUCAGGCAACACGGCUUGCACCCUCUUAUUCUAUAACUCCCCGCUUGCUACAUCCGUUCCCUUCCCCCCGGGACUCCACGGGCAGGACUCCACGGGCAAGUGGUCCUGCUGUGACGACUGCUCCGUCUCCCCAGUCGCCCUCCCAGACGUCCUAGCAGACAAGGCCUACAUGCUUUUCUACCUCCGCGUCUCCCCUCGCCCCCCCGGAUCCACCUCCCUCUCCUCCCUCUCCUCGCCCACCUCCCCUCGCCCCUCCCACCGCGCGCCCGCUCCCCUGUCUCUUGAUCAUACCAACAAGUCUCCUCUCUCUCCCUCUCGGUCUGGGAAGCUCGCUGCUCGCCGCCUGAGCGCCAAGCCAGAACCACUAGAGACGGCAGCAGCACCUGGUCCCCUGUCAGAAGCGGGUUACAUGGUUACACAUGAGCCAUCACCAAACCCUGUGGAGCUACCAGCAGCAGCCGAGCAAGCAGAGGGAGAAGUAGAUGCAGAGGGGGAAGAUGUAGAUGGGGAGGCAGAAGAAGUGGCAGAGCCGCAGGGAGAAGCAGAAACAGAGUUACAAGGAGAGGCGGUUUUGGCAAUGGCAGAUCUAGUAGGGUCCCGGGCAGGUGAAGGUGCAGGUGUGGCAGCACAUACUGAAACAGCUGCUUUAUCGAGCACAGCGGGACUUGAACCCGCGACCUUUCAAGUCACAGCGAGUGGGAGCCAAGCUGCAGAGCCUGUUUCGAGGGAGGACACGUCAGGGGCGUCUGUGCCCCACGAAAUGGUUGAGAGGGACGAGGGGCAUAGAUUUGGAUUGUCUCAGAAUGCGUCUGUCUCCCACAAGGCUGGCACUGAGAGGUCUCACUGGAAGGAGGGGGUAGAGAGAGAUGAGGGCCUGACGGAUGGGGAUACAGGGAGGGAUAGCGGAAUGGAAUGCGAAGAGGGGAAGGAUGUGGGCUGCCUCGCGGGCUGGUUGGAGUGCAGGGAAGAAGACCUGGUGGAGGAGAGGGAGGCCCUAGUAGGUGAUGUGGCUGCAGGAGGAGUGACAGCAGAGGGGGAAGCAGGAGCGAGGGAAACAGCAGAGGUGGGGUCGACAAUGGAGAAAACAACAAAAGGGGGAGCAGCAGCGGAGGAAAAAGCAGAAGGGGAAAUAUCAGAGGGAGAAGCAGGAGAGGGAGCGAUGGAAGGCAAUGUUGGUGAAGUCAAAACCCACGAGGAGGGCAUUAGUGCAAGGCAUUGGGAAAAAGAGGAGUUGAAAGAAGAGUCGAACGGCGAGGGUGUGUCUGGAAGGGAAGGGUUAAGGGAUGAGACGUUGAGGGAGGAAGUAGCAUUGGGAGAGGAGGUUUUUGAGACAGCGUUGGGAGAGGAAGAUUUUAUUGAGGAGAUUGCUCAACAGAAGCUGGUUGUGGUGCACCCAAGUGCUCCGAGUGCUUCUGCUGCUGUUGCUGCUGAUUUUUCUCCUCCUCCCGCUACCCUUCCUCCUGCUGCUGCUGCUGCCACUGCUGCCGCUGCUGCUGCCUUUGUGGAUUUUGUGCUACCUUCUCAUCGUUCUCCACAUCCUCCUCCUCUUCCUAACCCUCAAUUACCUCCUUCUGUUCCUUCUUCCAUUCCUUGUCUGUCACCUUCUGCUCCAAAUUCAAAUUCUCACCUGUCAUCCCUUUGUCCUUCUCCACAUCAGCCUCUUCCUACUCUUCGUGUCUCUCCUCCUCUCGCGUCUGCUCCACUUUCUCCUGCGCUACCAUCCGCAACAACUCUAUCGCCUGCACUACCUGCUCCGUUUGCCUCUAGCAACGCUAUUCCUAGCUCUUUUGUCAGUUCUGUAGCAUAUUCCGAGGCUGUUUUUCCUGGACCCAGGGAGGAAAGUGCGGUUGGAAUAGUGGAGCCUGCUACUAACGAGGAUGGAAUUCCUGGCAAAGUUAUCAUUAGCCACAAGGGCAUUACAGGCAGAGCAGAGCCAUUAGCAAUGGCAGGUGGGGCAGCAGUCAGUAGUUCUGCGGUGGCUGCUCAAGCAAGGGGGAACCUAGCUACUGCUGCAGAUCAGGCAGUGACAGUAGCACGCACACCAUGCCCAGUCAAGGCAGAAUCAGACCUCCUGAAUCUUCCUGCGUCCGAUGUGUUGCAGUCAGACAGGUUUUGGGGUGAUCUGGUUUAUGGGCGAGUGGCAGGAGGAGUAGGUCCUGUGGGCGUAGCGGCAGUGACUCUUGAAACGUCUCCAAACUCUUUUGAGGGUAGGGCGGUUUCUGGAUCUGGGCCGUAUGGGCAAGUGGCGGGAGGAGUUGCUCCUGUGGGCGUAGCGGCAGUGAUGGCGGCUACAGCUUCGGCAGCUGACGUGGCACCAGCUGGUGAUGCCACGUCAUCACGAUCAAGAGCACGCGCUGCUGUCCCGCUACCUCCACGCGCCAAGCUUCCCCGGGCGGCAAAGUCGAACCGUGUCGGGACCGUUGAGCUCAUCAGCGGUAGAGUGUCCACGUCAGCGGCUCACCUGCCAGGUCAGACCUCCGUUUCGGCAGCUCAGGCGUCGACCUCGCCACCUCAGAGGCGCCUGGGAUUGAAGCAGGUGAAUCUGAAGGAGAGAGUGAAGGCGGAAAAGGCAGCAGAGGCUAGGGUUCGGGAGGUAGGAGUGAGAUACGCUGCUGUUGCAGAUGUGGGCUUUAGAAGUGGUGGUGCUGGGGACGCUGGGGGCGUUGGGGGCGUUGGGGGCGUUGGGGGAGGGGUUGUUGGUGUUGACGGUGUUGUGGGAGUGGGCGUCGGGGGAAGAGAUGUUGGGGGUGCUGGUGGUAGUGGUGGUGGGGUUUCUGGUGCCAUGGCCACCACAUAUGCGGAUGACUCUGGUGGUGGUGUUGGCACAGGUUUGAAAGGUGCCGAUACUACUGCUGCUGGUGAUCGUGGCACAAACGUUCAAGAUGCGACCAAUGCAGCAGCUGCUGCUGGUGGUGGUGGUGGCGGCAGUGGUGGUGAUGGGGACGGCGGCGGUGGCACAGGCAUUACAGGUGCUGAUAACUGUGCUGAUGUGGUUGCUGCUGCUGGUUGUGGUGGCGGUGGUGCUGGUGGUAGUGGCAAUGCAAACAUUAAACCUGUGGAUUCGGGAAGCACUGUUGUCAAUGGUUUAGGGUUACACAAUGAUGACUCUGUCAGAGGCCCGACUAGUGGUAAUGUGGACAGUAGAAACUUCACUGGUGGUGGUGGUGGUGGCGGGGGCGUUCGAGACGUGAAUGGUCGUGGCAGUGGUAUCAGAGGCGCGGAGUUUUCUGGCCAAGGUAUCAGAGACAGUUGGGGAGACAUCAGUUCUGCCGUUCAGGGCGUCACAGCCGUCAACUCUGUCAAUGAGGGCGGUAGGGGUGCCGAUUCUGCCAUCCAGGAGGGUAGAGGCGCGGAUUCUCGGGACUGGACAGGUGGGGAUAGGCUGGGUGAACUGAAUGCUCUUGCGGCGCAUGAGAAGGCAGAUGUGAAGGCUUGGACAGGCGCGGGUAAGAGGGCUGAUGUGAAGCCUUUUGAGACACCUCAGGAAGCGGAUUCUCUGGCUUGGACUGCAGCAGGUAGGUGGGCGGAGGUGCAAUGGAGUGCUGAAGACGAGAGGUGUCUGCUUGCCGCUACUGAAGAGCUGGAUGGAGAUUUUGAGGGCGAAUUGAGUGGUUUAGGAGAGGGUUUGGGAGAGGGUUUUGAUGGGGAUUUGGAAGGGUGUUUGGGUCAAGAUUUAGGGGAUUUUGGGUUUGGGGAGGCGGAUUUUCUUGACUUGCCUUGGGCAGAUGUGGUUGUUCCGGGUGUGGCUGUGGCGAAUGGUGCCGCUGCUACAAGUGUGACUGAAUUGCCAGGUACUGCUGCUUCUCAUGAUGUGACUAUGGCACAGGAGGCUGUCACAGGUGUGACCGUACUAAAUGUGACUGGAAUGCAGGUUUCUGCUUCUCAUGAUGUGAUUGUGGCACAGGGGGCUGUCAUGGCUGCUGCUGCUGUGAAUGUGACUCUAGCAGGUGUGGCUGUAGCACAGGGGGCAGAUACAGAUGUGACUUCUGUGAAUGUGACUGUAGCAGGUGUGGACGGGGCACAGGGGGUUGCUAAUGGUGCUGUGGCUGUGACUGUAACGGGUGUAACUUCAGAGGCCCUUGGUUCAAGUGCAGGGGCAGGAGCAGCAGGGGCAGAAACAGCAGGUGGGGAAGCAGCGGGGGCAGAAGCAGCAGGGGGAGAAGCAGGAGGGGAAGAAGCAGCAGGGGCACACUCCUCACCUGCUCAGGUGCCGUUUCAGGUGGAUGUGGGUGGUCAAGUGGAUAGUCAGGUGGGUGCGCAAUCAUUACGGGCUGCUUUGGGAAACAAGCCUGAUACUUAUGUUGUGCGCUCAGCUGUUUCUUCUGUUGUCGCUUCUGCUGCACCACUGGCACCUUUUGUCUCUUCUGUUCCACAGGUACCAGUUAAUUCUCCCAUGUUUGCAGCGUCACCUUUUGCUCCUGCCGAGUUCGCCCUAAAUAAUGACCCACACACAGUUGCCACCUCCCCCCAAACAGUUGUCACCCUCUCCCACGCAGUUGCCACCUCCCUGCAUACAGUUGCCACCUCCCCCCAUACAGUUACCACCUCCCUCCACACAGUCACCACCUCCCCCCACACAGUUGCCACCUCCCCUCUCACAGUUACCACCUCCCCUCCCCCUAACAUGGUUGCCUCCCCCAGUGCUGUAACUCUCCCCCUCUCUUCCCCCGACCCCCUCUCCCCCCAAGUCCCCCCUUCCCCCGCUCCCCCCACCCGAGUGCCCCCGCACUCUAGCCCCCCUUGGGCGCUUGUUGAGACAGCAGGGGCGCAGGGGGGCGGAGAUGGGGCGCAGGGGGAUAAAGAUGCUGGGGAAGCGGGUGGGGAUGCAGGGGGAAUUGGUGGACAUGCAGGGGAGAACGGGGAAGAGUUUGGGAAAGAAACCGGGGGGUUGGAGGGAGAGGAAGCAGAGGAGGGCGGGGAGAAGCGGGAAGUGCGUCAGGCGGAGGAUGAGGAGAGGGACGGGAAGGAGGAGAAGGAAGAGGAGGAGGAAAUGAGAGGGGAGGAGCAAGACGAAGGGGAAGAGCAGAAGGGAGUGCAUGGAGGAGAGGAGGAGGCGAGGAAGAGAGAGAGGGAAGAGGAGCAAGAGGAGGGGGGGAGGGACGAGGGGCAAAAGGAGGAAAGGAGAGUUAUGGAGUUGACUGUACUAGGGGAGAGUAAGAGGGAGAAAGGGGCAGGAAGUGGGGAACGAGAGGGUGGUGUAAGAAGAGAGGGCGAGGAGGAAGAAGUGGAGGAGGAGGAAGUGGAUGGAGAGGUGGAGGAGAUAAUGUGUAUGGACGAGGAUAAGGUGGAAGAGGUGGAAGAGGAAAAACAGAAGGAGGAAAAAGAGGAAAAAGAGGAGGUUGAAGAGGAGGGACUAAAUGUGGAGAUGGAGGAGUUGGAGAAGAAGGAAGAGGAGAAGGAAGAGGGGGUGGAGGAGGAAGAGGAGAAAACGCAGGAAGAGGAAGAGGUUACUGACUUCGCAUCAGCUGAUGACAUGGCUAUUGCUGAGAAUCGUGGUGAUGACGUGGAGGCUCUAAACAGUGAGGAUGAUGACGUGGUGGAAGUACCUAUGGAUCAGGAACAGGAGCAGCUGAUGUGGCAUCUUCGUGGGAAUGUCAAUCUAGGUGUUGCCACUAGUAGUAGUCAUGCUGCUGCUGCGAGGAACGAAAUCACUGCUGGUGAAGCAGGAGAGGGAGAAGCAGCAGAAAGGGUGGCCGCAGAACGAGAGGCAGCAGAAAGAGAGGCAGCAGAGAGAGAGGCAGCAGAAAGGGAGACAGCAGAGAGAGAGGCAGCAGAAAGGGAGGCUGCAGAGAGGGAGGCAGCAGAGAGGGAGGCAGUAGAGAGAGAGGCAGCAGAAAGAGAUGCAGCAGAAAGAGAUGCAGCAGAAAGAGAUGCAGCAGAGCGAGAGGCAGCAGGGAGAGAGGCAGCAAACAGAGAGGCAGCAGAGAGGGAGGCAGCAGACAGUGAGGCUGAAAAGAGAGCGGCAGCAGAGGAACGAGCAGGAGAAGAAGCAGAGACAGCAGAGGGGGCAGAGGCAGGAGAGGGGGCAGAGGGGGCAGGGAGGGCAGAGGGAGCAGAGGAGGCAGAGGUUGCAAAGGGGGCAGAACGGGGAGAGGGGACAGAGGCAGCAGAGGAGGCAGAGUCAACAGAAGAAGCAGCGGUAGCACAAGGGACAAAAAUGAGGGGUUCUGGGAAACAGGAGGCCACCGUUUUUCUGUCUUUGCCUUUGCCAACUCCGGAAUCCCACAAGGCACCUGGGACCUUUGACCAAAGAUGCUCAGCAGCUGAGGUGACUUUUGAGUCGACUCAAAAGCCAACUCAUGAGUCGACUCAAAAGCCAUCCCACAAGGCACCUGGGACCUUUGACCAAAGAUGCUCAGCAGCUGAGCCUACUCAACAGCAGGAAUGCACAGCUUUUGUUGAUCCGACUCAACAGCAGGUUUCAGAAUCCCAGUCUUACAAGCCGCCUGUGCUGCAAGUGCAGGCUGUAGAGUCGCACAAGCCACCUAUGACCUCUGGGCGCCAGCAGGAAUGCACGUCUUUUGUUGAGCCGACUCAACAGCAGGUUCCGGAAUCUCAGUCUCACAAGCCACCUGUCACCUUUCAGCUACACCAGGAAUUCGCAAGUGUGGCAGCUGCUGCAGUCGCUUUUGAUCCAAGUUACGGUGUUACCAACCAGAUGUAUCACCUGCAAUCCGUGGCUCUGGGUAAGGGUAAAGAGGUGAGGCCCGCUAAUGUGACACUCCCUGAGUCAGAUGUUACCAUUCGGAUGCAUCAUCUGCAAUCCGUGGCACUGGAUAAGGGCAGUAAGUUGAAGCUGACUGCUGGUAUGGCACUCUUUGGGGCAGAUGUUGCCAGCAGAGCAGCCGACGUGGCCAGCAGAGCAGCUGACAUGGCGAGCAAAGCAGCUGACGUGGCGAGCAAUGCAGCUGACGUGGCUGCACCUGAGGCUGACGGGGUUGAGAGGGCAGUUGAUGUGGCAGAAGUGGAUGUUGCAGCAGGAGAGGCAGCAGAGGAAGAAAGUUUGUCUCCGUCUCUCUCCUCCUUCCCAUCCCCCUUCGCAUGCUUCUCAUCCUCUCCCCUCUCUUCUCAGUCUCUCCCCUGCCCUCCUUUGCCUUCCCCUUCCUUCCCUUCUCCUAGCGCCUGUAUAGAGAUGUGGCCUGUUGCAGAAGCGACCUUUGCUCCUCCCUCUACUCUCCCUUCCUCCCUUCCAUCCUCUCUUCCAUCCUCCCUUUCCUCCUUCCCCUCCACCCUCCCAGCCUCCUUUCCUUCCUCUGCUCCGUCCUCCUUCCCGUCUUCCCUUCCCUCCUCGCUCCCCUCCUCUCUCCCCUCUUCGCUCCCACCCUCGCUUCCCUCCUCUUUCCCCACCUCCUCCCCUACCGCCUCCCCUCCUUUCUCCCCGCCUCCCCUAUCCCACACCCCUGUGGAUGUUUUCUCGUUUUACAAAGCAUGGGCACAGCGUAAUGGCCCUGGCACUUACCUAAGUGCAAGCGCGGCAGUGGGGGAAAUGCAGGGAACGGGAAGGGGAGUUGGGAAGGAAGAGGAGGAGGGGACAGCUGUAGGUAGUCAGAUGAGAGCUAGGGAGAAGCAGGAGGAGGAGAAAGUUGAGAAGCAGGAGGAGGAGAAGGAGGAGAAGCAGGAGAAGGAAGAGGAGGAGAGGGAAGAGGAGGAGAAGGAAGAGAAGGAGGAGCAUGCGGAGGAGGAGGAGAAAGUGGAGGAGAUGGUGUGGGGAAGAGAUGGGCAGGCACAGCAUAAGGUACAUUCGGAGCAGCAGGAGGAGGUAAAGACACAGGAGCAAGAGAAGUGGCAGGAGCGACAGGAGGAGGAGAAGGAAGAGAAACAGGAGCAGGAGGCGCAGGAGAGGCGACAGGAGCGACAGGAGGAGGAGGAGGUAGAGGAGCAGCAGCAGGAGGAGCAAGAGGAACGGAAGCAGCCGGUGCUGCAGGAAGAGGAGCAGGAGCAGCAGCAAGAGGGGCGGCAGGAGCAGGAAGGCCAAAUGCUGCAGGAGGAGGAACUGGAGCAGCGGCAGGGCGGAGAGGAGCAGCAGCAGGGCGAGAGACAGCAGCAGAGGCAGGAGCAGCAGGAGGGGCAGGAGAAGCAGGAGGAACAGCAGAUGCAGGAGGAACAGGAGCAGCAGCAGGGAGAUGGGCAGCAGCAGCAGCAGCAGCAGCAGCAGGCUCAGGGUGAGCAGGUUUUUGCAGAGCAACAUGAGGAGGUGGGAGAAGAGGAGGCGGAGGAAGGGGAGGAGAUGGAGGAGGAAGAGGAAGAGGAGGAGGAGGAGGAGGCAGAAGUCUUAGAUGUGGAUUGGGUCGGAUACGAGGAGGUGUGGGAGGGGAGGGGCGGGCGGACAAGUGUCAAGCAAGGGAGGGAGAGAGAGGAGGAGAGUGAGGGUGGGGACCUAGACGAGGAAGGGGAUGGGGGAGAGGGGGGAGGGGAGGAGGAGGAAGAGGAAGAUGUGGCGAGUGAUGUGACUGAAGCAGCUGCUUCGGAUGAGGUGGAGUGGGAGUCGUGUCAUGCAGUGAUGGAUGCUUCUGAGCUAGGGGGUGCGUUUGAAGCUCCCAAGACCCCUCAAGCGGAUGACGAGAGUGGUGAGGUGAGGGAAUGGAAGAGAGGGAAACACGGAGAGGAGGAAGAGGAGGAGGAGGAUGAAGAGGAGGAAAAGAGGGAGCUAGAGCAGGAGCAAGAGGAUGAACAGAAGGAGGUAGAGCAGGGAAGGGAGAAAGAAGUGAGCUGGCACAGUGAAAGCGGGAAUGUUCUUGAAGAUGUCGCUGCAGAGGAAGUGGCAGCAGUGAUGGAAGGGGCAGCUGACGUGGCAACAGCUCAUGUGGGAGUUGAUGUGACGGCAGCUGAUGUGGCAGUUGACAUUGUGGCAAAUACAGCAAUAGAUCCAGCAGCUGAGGCAUCAACCGGUCUUCAAGCAGAGAUAGAAGCAGAGGCGGGCGAAACUGAAGCUAAAGUAGCUGUAGGGACAGCAUUGGAAUCACAAGUAGGUGAAGAGACAGCAGGAUCAGAAGCAGGAGCAGGGCUAGAAACAGAGUUCAUAGCAGAAGCAGGAGAAGUGGCAGCAACCGAUCUUGUGGGAGAGGUAGAAGGAGAAGCAGAAGGUGAAGCAGAAGGAGAAGCUGAAGUUAAAGUAGCUGCAGGGGACACGUUGGGGUCAGAAGUGGGUGGAGAAGCAGCAGAAACAGAAGCAGGAGAAGAGUUGGAGGCAGAGUUAGCAGGCCGAGCAGUGGAGUUUGAAGCAGGAGCAGACUUGGGGGACGAAGUAGGUGCAGAGGCAACAGAUUGGGAGUUAGAAGCAGGAGCAGAGUUGGCGAUAGAAGGAGGAGGAAAAGUAGAAGCAGGAGUAGAUUUGCAAACAGAGUUAACAGCAGGAGUAGGCGAAUCGGAAGCAGGUGUAAAGCUCGAAGCAGAGUUAGCAGCGGUAGGAGCUGCAAUAGAGGCGGAGGAAGCUGCAGAAGCAGCAGAAUAUGAAGCAGGAGCAGAAAUUGAGGCAGUGGUAGCAGCAGGAGCUGAGGCUGAAGCAGAAAUGGGAAUGGAGAGAGGAGAGGAGGGAACAGAAGCAGAAGCAGAAGAAGCUGACUUAGCAGCAGACGAGGAAGCUGUGCGGCUAGGAGAGGCUGGGGUGGAGGCUGAAGCACAAGCAGGAGCAGAAGAAUAUGAGUUUCCAGCAGAUGGUGAGGCAGAAGCUGAGGUGGAGGCAGAGGGAGAAGCAGAGGGAGAGGCAGAGGAAGAAGCAGGGGGAGAGGAAGUCGCAACAGCAGCAGGCGUAGCAGCUGGUGCGGAAGCAGAGACAGCGACCAAAGUUCAAGCAGCCGAAGAAGCUAUGCUGCAGGAAGCGGUUGGGGUGGAGGUAGGAGCAGAAGCAGAGGCAGAGGGAUGGACUGAGGCAGAUAUAGAGGCACAGGGGGGGGCAGAGGGAGAGGCAGGGGCAGAAGGAGAGGCAGAGGCAGAUGGAGAGGCAGAGAUAGAGGCUGAGACAGGGGUAGAGGGAGAGGGAGAGGGAGAGGGAGGGGGAGAGGGAGAGGCAGAGGCAGAGGCAGAUGUAGAGGCAGAGACAGGGGCAGUGGGAGAGGGAGAGGGAGAGGGAGAGGGAGAGGGAGAGGGAGAGGAAGAGGGAGAGGGAGAGGGAGAGGAAGAGGGAGAGGGAGUGGCAGAGGCAGAGGCAGAGGGAGAGGCAGAAGCUGAGACAGAGGCAGGAGCAGAGGCAGAUGCAGAUGCAGAGAGAGAGGCAGAGGGAGAGGCGAAGGGAGAGGGUGAGGCAGAGAUGGGUGUGUACUUGGAAACAGGUUAUGGAACACGAGAAGCUGUUGGUAUGGAGGCAGAGGGAGCAGAGGAAAUGGAGGUAGGAGGAGAGGAAGUAGAGGAAGGAGGAGAAGAAGUAGAGGAAGGAGGAGAGGAAGUGGAGGGAGGAAAACAGGAGGUGGAGGGAGGAGGAGAGGAGGUGGAGGUAGGAGGAGAGGAGGUGGAGGUAGGAGAGGAGGUGGAGGUAGGAGGAGAGGAGGUGGAGGUAGGAGGAGAGGAGGUGGAGGUUGUAACAGAGGAGGCAGGAGGACAGGAGGUAGAGGGAGGAGCAGAGGAGGCAGCGGCAGAGAUAGAGGGUGAGGCAGAGAUAGAGGGUGAGGCAGAGAUAGAGGGAGAGGCAGAGAUAGAGGGAGAGGCAGAGAUAGAGGGAGAGGCAGAGACGGUUGUGUACUUGGAAACAGGUGAUGGAAGAGGAGAAGCUGCUGGGAUGGAGGCAGAGGGAGAGACAGAAGCAGAGGCAGAGGGAGGAGCAGAGGCAGAUGCAGGGGGAGAGACAGAAGCAGAGGCAGAGGCGGAGGCAGAGGCGGAAGCACAGGGAGAGGCAGAGACGGUUGUGUAUGUGGAAACAGGUGACGGAAGAGGAGAAGAUGUUGGUAUGGAGGCACAGGGAGCAGAGGAGGUGGAGGUGGGAGGAGAGGAAGUAGAGGGGGGAGGAGAGGAGGUAGGAGGAGAGGAGGUAGGAGGAGAGGAGGUUUCUGUUCUUCAUCCACCCAAAAGCGACUCCAUUCUUACCAUUACCACCCCCGCUCUUGCUGCCCUCCCCGCUGCUCCUCCCUUGCCCCUUGUCAUGUCACUGCCGCCUUCAUCACCUGUGGCACCUGGGGCAGAAGGAAAAGAUUCUUUGGCCAGGGUUGUUGAGGCAUAUGCUGCUGCUAGCGCUGCCAAUAGUAACCCUGCUGGAGCAGCUGGUUUUGAGGUGCCUCAGAAGUCAGCAUCUGCUGUUGGUGCUGCCAACAGUAAGCCUGCUGCAUCGGCACCGGCAGUGGGAGAAUCAGCAGGGCUGGUUUCAGCAAGUGAGGUGGGGAGAGGGAUCGGCAGAGAGAAGCCAGCAGUGUGUGGGGGGGUCAAUGGAGGAGAUUGGCAGGGUGCUGCCAACAGUAAGCCUACUGUAUCGGCACUGGCGGCGGGAGAAUCAGCAGGGCUGGUUUCAGCAAGUGAGGUGGGGAGAGGGAUCGGCAGAGGGAAGCCAGCAGCGUGUGGGGCCAGCGAUUGGGGUAGUGUAGGAGAAGUUAGGAUGACUGACAGAGAGGAGGCGAUGGGUGGGGCCUGUAAAAGAGAGAGCGGAGAAGCAGCUGGGGUCGGGAUUGAGGAGAAGGAGGAUGGCUACUGGGCACCUGAAACAGCUGAUCGGACGUUUGAGGAUGGGGGUGGUGCACCUGAUGCCAAUGCUGAUGCUGCUGUUCAUGCUGAUGCCAAGGCUGAUUCUGACACCAAGGCUGAGCCUCCACCUGAAUUUUCACCUGAAGAUGCUCCUCCUGAGCUAGUAUCCCGCCUUCCCCCCAUAGGCGCAGCUGCAUCUCUCCCCCCCAUUGGCGCAGCAGCAUCUCUUCCCCCCAUCCUUCCCCACAUGCCGCACUCUUUCCCCUUCAACCCCUUUCUCCCCUUUCCCCUUGGCCCCUUCCCUCCCCUUGGUUACAACUCGGGUUACCACCAGCUCUCACCCGCUCAAAUGCUCUUCCUUAACAGAACUGCUGGAUUUGGAAAUCAAGGGAACGCUUGGCAGGGCGGGGCUAGCAAGGAGUGGUUAGAUGCUCCUCUGGUCUUUGGUCUGAACGUCAUUCCGCCAGGGGCUGUUGUGGAAAAGAUGGGUGGUGGAGAGGAGGCGGACAGGGGGGAUGAGGGAAAAAGGAAGUCAUCUUUGGGUGAGGGAGAAACGGGAGAGGAGGAAGGGAAGGGGGAAGAUGGGGAGUGGGAAGGUGGGAAAGGGGCCUGUGGAAAGAGGGCAGAUGAAAACGAGGCAGGUUGUAAGGGGGCAGGUAGAAGGGGCACAGGAGAAAAAUGGGCAGGCGAGAAGGGGGCAGGAGAAAUAGGACCGGCAGAGAUUGGAGCAGGUGGUGCAGGUGAAAAAGUUGCAGGUCAUAAGGGGACUGGUGAAGAGGGGGCAGGUGAAAAAAGGGGAAGUGAGUCUAAGCUGGAAGUGACGCAUCUUAGUAAGCCUGCAAACCCGGAUGCAGAUGAUAUAAACACGAGCGUGAAUGUGAGUGAGAUGACUCGAGUCAAGAAGGCGGAUGAGUCGGAAGCAGGUGUGAGUGCGGGUCAGAUGAGUCAUUCAAAGAAGCCAGAUGAGUUGGAAGCAGGUGUGAAUGUGCUGAAUACGCUGCUUGCUGUAGGCCCUGAUAGCAGAACCCGGAUUGAGUUGAGGGAGAGGGAGAGGGAGAGGGAGAGGGAGAGGGAGAGGGAGAGGGAAAGGGUGAAGGAGAAGGAGAAGGAGAGGGAGAGGGAGAGGGAGAGGGAGAGGGAGAGGGAGAGGGAGAGGGAGAAGGGGAGUGAGGGGAGGGAGAAGGAGAGGGAGAAGGCGAGUGAGAGGAGGGAGAGGGAGAGGGAGAGGGAGAAGGGGACUGAGGGGAGAGAGAGGGAGAGGGCGAUUGGGAGUGAGGGGAGGGAGAGGGAGAGGGGGAAGGUGAGUGAGGAGAGGGAGAGGGAGAGGGAGAGGGCGAGGGCGAGGGAGAGGGAGAGGGAGAGGGAGAGGGCGAGAGAGGGGGAGAGGGAGAGGGAGAGGGAGAGGGAGAAUGGAAGUGAGGGGAGGGAGAAGGAGAGGGAGAAGGCGAGUCAGGGGAGGGAGAGGGAGAGGGAGGGGGCGAAGGCGAGUCAGGGGAGGGAGAGGGAGGGGGAGAAGGGGAGUGAGGGGAGGGAGAGGGAGAGGGAAGGGGAGAAGGGGAGUGAGGGGAGGGAGAGGGAGAGGGGGUUGGUGAGUGUUGAGAGGGAGAGGGAGAAGGGGAGUGAUGGGAGGGAGGGGAAGGAAAGGGAGAAGGGGAGAGACGUGUGGGAGGGUGAGAGAGUGAGUGCUGGGAGGGAGAGGGAGAAGGGGAGAGAGGUGGAUGGUGGAGAAGCAAAGGGUAGAGGGAGUGUAGGAGGCGAGAGAGACGUUAGAAUGUCAGCAGAGAGGGGGAGGGAGUUGGUGCACAUGACAAGAACGAGGGAUGUGGAUGUGACAAGAACGAGGGGCAGAGAUGCAAGCAGCAGCUGUAUUUUUGGGGCAGGAAGGGAUAUUGGAAGGGAAGCGCGUGAACGAGACAUGGGAAAGAUAGCAGAGAGGAGGGAUGUUGAUGUGACACGAAUGAGGGGCAGCAACAAUACGAGGGAAAGAGGAGGUGGGGAAGGAGGUGUAAGGGAAAGAGGAGCAAGGGAGGUAGGAAGAAGGGGAGGAGGAGGAGAAAGAGGAGGGGAAAGAGGAAGAGGGGAAAGAGGAGGAGGGGAAAGAGGAGGAGGGGCAAGAGGAGGAGGGGAAACCCUCAGCAGCCACAAAGCAGAUGGGGGAGAAAGAGUUGCAAGGGAAGGUAAGGAAGGAAUGGAAAGAGGGGUAGACACAGCACGGGAACGAGGAGAAAAGGCCGAUGUGAACAGAAGUGGAGGAGAAAGAGGGGCUGAGAAGGUGGAGGAAGAGGAGAGAGGGAAAAGUCAGAAAGGCGUUGCAUUGGCAGAAGAGAUAGGGAGGAAGGAGAAUGAGGGUGGGGCCAGUGGUGUGAGAAGAGGGAGUGGAGCAACAGGAGAGCGGGAAGAGGAGAGAGUGAAAAGUCAGAAGGGCGUUGCAUUGGCAGAAGAGACAGGGAAGGAGGAGGAGGAAGGUGGGGGUGGUAGUGUGAGAAUAGGGAGUGUCGCAGCGGGAGAGGGGGGAAAGGAGAGAGGGGAAGGUAGGAAGAUUUUCGAAUCGGCUGAAAAGAGCAGGAAGGAGGAGGAAGGUGGGAAUGGUGGUGUGAGAAUAGGGAGUGGCGCGGUGGGAGAGGGGGAAAAAGAGAAAGGGGAAGGUCAAGAGCGAUCUAAGGUGGUGGAAGGGACAAGGAGUGAAGGGGAGAGGGGGAAGGGUGGUGCGCAGAGAGAGAGUGGAAUGGAAGGAGGAGAUGGAGGAGAAGGACGAGGAGGAGGAAAGGAAGGGGGUGAGGGAGGAGGGAGAGGGGAGCGUGAGAGUAAGGGUGGUAAGGAUGGAAAGACUGGCAGUAAAGCGAGUGGCAAAGGCAGUGGUAACAACAGGGAUGCUGGCAACAGUGGUGGUGGCGGUUCUGGGGGUGGUGGUGGUAGUGGCAGGGGAGAGAAAGGGGGACAGGGAGUAGGAUCGUCCAGAAAGGGAGGGAUAGUUGGCGGUAAAGGGAGUGGUGGGGGUGGUGGUGGUGAUGAUGAUGGUGAUGGUGAUGAUAAUGCUAGGGAUUGGGACCGGAAACGGGCUUUGGGGAGUGAUAAGGGCAAGGGAGGGAGAAGGAAAGGGGAAGAGGAGGAGGAGGGGGAGGAAGGGAGGGAGAAUAAGCGAAGGAAGGAGGAGGAGAAGCGUGGGGAGGGGAGGGAUGGGAAGAAAGGGGAGGAACAGGCGAGGCGAAAUGCAGAGGUAGAGAAGAGUGGGAAUGGGGAGGUGAAGGUAGGUGGUGUGAGUGUGGGUCAUCGGGGGGAGGAGAGGAGGAUUGAGAGGAGGGAUGAAAAGAAAGAGGAAAGUGGAAGGGGUAAUAGGAGAAAGGAGGAGGACAGAAGAUGGGAGGAGGAUGGGAAACGGGAGGAGGAUAGGAGAAAGGAGGAGGAUAGGAGAAGGGUUGAAAAGGGAGGACGAAAGGAGGAGGAUAAAGGAAAAAGGGAGGAGGAUAAGGAGAGGAGGGAUGAAAAGGGGAGGAAUGGGGAAGGGAGAAAGGAGGAUCUCAGGAGAAACGAGGAUGAUAAGAAACGGGAGGAGGAUAAGCGAAAGGCGGACAAACGGAGAAUGGAGGAUGGAAAGAGAAAGGAAGAGGAGAGGAGAAGGGAGGACGAGGAGAGGAAGCAGGAGGGAAAGAGAAAGGAGGAGGGAAGGAGAAGGGAGGAGGGAAGGAGAAGGGAGGAGGGAAGGAGAACGGAAGAGGAAAGGAAAAGGGAGGAGGCUGGUAAGGAUAGUGGAAGUGAAAGGGUGGGUGGUUCGCAUAGGGAUAAGAUGGACGAAAAGAAGAGGGAGGGUAAGGGGGGCGAGAUGGAAGAGGUGAGGAGGGAUGAGAGGAGAGAGGAGAGGACGGAGGAAAGGAAAGAAGAGAAGAAGGAUGAUAGAAAAGAUGAGAGGAGGGAGGAAGAGAAGGAUGGGAGGAGAGGGGAAAGGAAAGAUGAGAGGAAAGAGAAGAUAAGGGAUGAGAGGACAGAGGAGAAGAGGGGUAAUAAAGGUGUUAAGGAGGCAGGAGAAAGGGAUAAAGAGAAGGGGGAGAGUAUAAGUGGGGCGAGAAAAGAAGGGGAGAAGGAGCAAAAGGAGAAGAGAGGGCGAUUGGAUGGGGAGGAGCAUGGGCAGAAGAGGGAAGGAAGAAGCAUGGGUCAUGAUACAAACGAGGAGAGGAAGAGGAGGAAGGUGGAGGAGGAAAUUAAGGAGAAGGAGAAGAGGGAGAAGGAGAGGAGGGACAAGGAGAGGGGAGAGAAGGAGAGGAGGGAGAGGGAAAAGGGAGAGAGGGAGAGGAGGGAGAGGGAAAAGGGAGAGAGGGAGAGGAGGGAGAGGGAAAGUGGAGAGAAGGAGAGUAGGGAGAGGGAAAGGGAAGAGAAGGAGAGGAGGGAGAGGGAAUGGGAAGAGAAGGAGAGGAGGGAGAAGGACAGGGGCGAUAUGGAGAGGAAGGGGGGGGAGAGGGGGAUAAAAGAGAGGAGUGAGCAGGAGACGAGAGGGAAGGAGAGACGAGAAGUGGGGAGAGAAAAUGAGAGAAGAGAGGAGAGGAGACAAAAGGAGGGGAGAGAAAAGGGAGGGAAAACAGUCAAUGAAGGCAAAGGAGAAAAUGGGGAGAGGAGAGAAGCAGUGGAGAUGGGAAAAGGUGAGGAAGUUGAGGAAAAAGAGGCUAGGAGAGAAAAGGAUAGUAGAGGAACAAAUAAGCAUGACAAUAAGAAGAUGUGUGACGAGAGUAAGACACAUGACGAUGGGAAGCAGGAAGAGGGUAGGGAGGAUGGGAGGGGUGAAAGGCCUGGGCGAAUUUCUGAGUCACGACAAAAAUUGGAGGAGAAAGUUGUGGGGAAGGAGGAGGGAAGGGAUGUGGGGAAGGGGGAUGGAGGGCAUGGGAAGCGGCAAAGGGAGCGUGUGGCACCGCAUCAUACCCAUACCAACCCCCUUGCACCGCAUCAAACACACACCAACCCAUUAGUAGCUCACCAUGCACUGCUGCAAGCUCUGCGUGCUGCUCCCCGCCCCCUCCACUCUGGCUCUGCUCUGCCCCCCGCUCUGGCAGGUAGUGGUAUUGGCAUGAGUGGACCAGCAGCCAGGGCAGCGAAGCAGUCAGCACUGGCAGCCAAGAGGGAGAGGGAGAGAGCGCAGCUGGAGCUGAGGAGGAAAUACUAUGGGCUGCCUUGA